UCACUUCCAUCUACAGACCGUCUAGCUCUCCGUGUACAGAGAAGACCCGCCGCUCGAGUUAAAGAGAAAUACGUCGUGAUAAACACAGAAAGACGCGCGUCUACACCGGUUAGACAUGAAGAAGUUCUGGUGGCUGUUUCUGGUGUCUGCUGUUGAUCUCGCAUCAUCAGCCUCUCACUCUCUGCAGUACCAUUAUACUGCAGUCACACCAGGACUACAUUCCCCAGAGUUCAUUUCAGAGGGUCUGCUGGAUGGAGAACAGGUUGUUUACUAUGAUGGUAAUAUCAGGAAGAAGAUCCCAAAGACUGAGUGGAUGGAGAAGAAUGAGCGUGAAGACUACUGGAAGACAGAGACAGAGACUAGUCAGCAUCAUCAGGAGGAGUUCAGACAUGAUUUGAUUAAUCUAAUGAAGCGCUUCAACCAGACUGGAGGGUUUCACACAGUGCAGCAGAUGUACGGCUGUGAGCUGGACACUGAUGGUGCUAUUAGAGGACACUGGCUGUACGGUUAUGAUGGAGAAGACUUCAUCAGCUUUGAUCUGAACACUGAAACCUGGACUGCAGCUCAUCCUAAAGCUGUUAUUACCAAAAGGAGGUGGGACAGUCAAAAAGUUUAUGCUGCUCAGGUGAAGGCCUACCUGCUGAAUGAAUGCACUGCAUGGCUACAGAAGUAUGUGGAGUACGGCAGAUCCAGUCUGGAGAGGAAAGUCCGUCCUGAGGCGUCUCUGUUCCAGAAGGACUCUUCUUCUCCAGUGGUGUGUCAUGCUACAGGUUUCUUCCCCAAAGAAGUGAACAUCUCCUGGCAGAAGAAUGGAGAGGAUCUGCAUGAGGACGUGGAGCUCAGUGAGACGCUACCCAACCAGGAUGGAACCUUCCAGAAGAGGAGCGUUCUGACCGUCUCACCUGAGGAGCUGAAAAAGAAUGAAUACACCUGUGUUGUCCAGCAUAGUGGACUGGAGAAGGAGGUGGUGCUGCGGGCGUCGGGUCACACAGGAUCUGACGACGCCACUACUGGACAUCAUCAGUUCAGUGAUGGAACUGCAGUCGGGCUUGUUCUUGUUCUCCUCCUUGUCUUGGUUGGUAUUGUGUUCAUGUGGAGGAGGAUGAAGACCUGACUUCCAGCCUGUGACAGGAAACCCCAGUGACCCCUCUAAUGGAGAAGAAUUAUCCACCAACGUGUUAAGAGUUUUCUGAACAGACUCACUCUGGUUUCAGGAGGCUGAUCCCUGAACAUCUCCUCCUUUGUGAAGACGCAACAGCUCCUCUACUUCCUCAGGAUCCUGAAGAGUUCCAGCCUGUAAACACCUGUCCUCAACUUCAUCUACCUAAGCAUCAUAGAGAGCAUCCUGACCAGUCCAUCACUGUCUGGUAUUGAAACUGCUCUGUCUCAGACAGAUAAACACUGCAGCAGACAGUAAAGACUGACCAGUCCGUCACUGUCUGGUAUUGAAACUGCUCCGUCUCAGACAGAUAAACACUGCAGCUUCAGUGAAGACUGACCAAUCCAUCACUGUCUGGUAUUGAAACUGCUCUGUCUCAGACAGAUAAACACUGCAGCAGACAGUAAAGACUGACCAGUCCGUCACUGUCUGGUAUUGAAACUGCUCCGUCUCAGACAGAUAAACACUGCAGCUUCAGUGAAGACUGACCAAUCCAUCACUGUCUGGUAUUGAAACUGCUCCGUCUCAGACAGAUAAACACUGCAGCUUCAGUGAAGACUGACCAGUCCAUCACUGUCUGGUAUGGAAACUGCUCCGUCUCAGACAGAUAAACACUGCAGCUUCAGUGAAGACUGACCAAUCCAUCACUGUCUGGUAUUGAAACUGCUCCGUCUCAGACAGAUAAACACUGCAGCAGACAGUGACCGCUCCAUCAAUGGGUCAAGCUUCCCUGCCAUUAAGGACACCUACAGCGAGCAGUAUUAAGGGAAAACCUGCAGUACCAGUGUCAGAGAGCUGAACGUCACUGAACAGAAAAUCAGGAUUUUCCCUCCUUACUGUGAUGAACAUCACAGUCCAAAUGUCUGGAAUCACUGUUCAAAAGUUUGGGAUCAAUGUGUUCAAUAAUAUAAACCAGCAUAUGAACGUCUAAAAUACUAAUAAUAUAAUAUUAUAAUGUAUUUAUCGAGUCGUUCCAAACGUGUGUAUUUGUGAGUUAAACUUUAGUGAGAGAGCUGCUCGUUUUCCCUCCAUGAUUGGUGAAGGAAGAGGAGAUUAAAUAUAUUACUGUGUAAUAUUAUUUUAGCCAACGGGGUAAAAAAGGUUAGUAUUGCUUUCAGGUUGACAUUUAAAGGUUGACUCUGAAUGAAAAUGACACAAGCAGAAAAAAUGAAACUGUAGUAAACUGUGGUCUAAACCUUGGUCUAAGUCUAGCAGAUCUGCCUGAAGAUGAGACCUUUAAUCCGUGAGAGCUAAAACUGUAGUAAACUAUGGUCUAAACUAUGGUCUAAGUCUAGCAGAACACAGCUCAUCAGUGGCUGUGAGAGGAAUUUUAUUCCAGUUACUCUGAUUAACAUGGUGGAAAUGUUUGUGUCUAACAAUGUUUUUAUUUUCUGAAUUAAGGGUUUUUAAUCAAAGCUGUUCUGUAAUAUUAUUAAUGAAACAAAGAAAUGUGAAGAGCAAAUACUUGAAUUUUAAGUUUGUCCAUUUCAAGGUUAGUUAUAUUAGAAGAGUAUUUGGGGAUUAAUAUAUAUUCAGCUUUAUUUCUUCCAGCUCGCUUUGACUGCUAAUGCCUCAGACGGCCAUAGUGCUGCUUCAUCCUCUGUAACGGUUACAGAGCUGAGACCUGAAUAGCUGCUGAGUUUACAGAGCUGUGUAAUGGUUGUUUAUCUGGUGCAUUGUGGACUGUAUUCUAACUGUAUAUGAAAUAUGAAAAUUAGCUCAGUGUUAUUCAUCUUAAUGACCUUCAUCUCAAUGUUAGUUUUUCUUACAAUUUUCUUACAUCAGAGGACAAGAAGAUGAAAAUAACCACUGCUUUCAGGAUAACAGUAGAAAGUUUAGCCUAUUUUAUACAUCAUGACACAGAUCUGUAGAUUAGAAUGUGUGUCUUCCAAAGAUGUAACUCCUUUUUGUUUUUGUCCCAAGCCUUGUUUUUUUUUUUUUUUUCAGGAGUAAUAUGGGUGUAAAUGGACUUUUCAUUGUAGCUAAGCAGUUUUCACAAAGCUAUGCUGGUUUCCUUGUAGACUGAUGAGCAAUGAUAAAGAUGACGGAAUUUGUUUAAGGCUGUAACAGCAAAAUGUGAAAAGGCCCAUUAAAAUGGGGAAGGAAGAGGAGAUUAAAUAUAAUACUGCGUUAUAUUAUUUUAGCUAACAGGGUAAUAAGUGUAGAUUUCAGGUUGACAUUUAAAAGUUGACUCUGAAUGAAAAUGACACAAGCAGAAAAAAUGAAACUGUAGUAAACUAUGGUCUAAACUCUGGUCUAAGUCUAGCAGAGCUGCCUGAAGAUGAGACCUUUAAUCUGUGAGAUCUGUGGAAACGUUUGUCUAAUUUUUUUGUGUUUUUAUUUAAUGUUUUUAUUUUCUGAAUUACAGGUAUUUAAUCAAAGCUGUUCUGUAAUAUUAUUAAUGGAACAAAGAAAUGUGAAGAGCAAAUACUUGAAUUUUAAGUUUGUCCAUUUCAAGGUUAGUUAUAUUAGAAGAGUAUUUGGGGAUUAAUAUAUAUUCAGCUUCGUUUCUUCCAGCUUGCUUUGACUGCUAAUGCCUCAGACGGCCAUAGUGCUGCUUCAUCCUCUGUAACGGUUACAGAGCUGAGACCUGAAUAGCUGCUGAGUUUACAGAGCUGUGUAAUGGUUGUUUAUCUGGUGCACUGUGGACUGUAUUCUAACUGUAUAUGAAAUAUGAAAAUUAGCUCAGUGUUAUUCAUCUUAAUGACCUUCAUCUCAAUGUUGCAGUUUUUCUUACAUCAGAGGACAAGAAGAUGAAAAUAACCACUGCUUUCAGGAUAACAGUUGAAAGUUUAGCCUAUUUUAUACAUCAUGACACAGAUCUGUACAUUAGAAUGUGUGUCUUCCAAAGAUGUAACUCCUUUUUGUUUUUGUCCCAAGCCUUGGUUUUUUUUUCAGGAGUAAUAUGGGUGUAAAUGGACUUUUCAUUGUAGCUAAGCAGUUUUCACAAAGCUACGCUGGUUUCCUUGUAGACUGAUGAGCAAUGAUAAAGAUGACGGAAUUUGUUUAAGGCUGUAACAGCAAAAUGUGAAAAGGCCCAUUAAAAUGGUAUUUUCAAUAAGUGUGAA